AUUACAAGGCUGUAUGCACGUCCAAUCUUGUUUAGUGUAGAUCUGCACGUACUAUCGAACUGUCUGCUCCUCGAUAUCAGUCCCUCCGCCACACCCCAGCCGAAAUGCCCGCAAACAUUUGUGCUCGGCUUCUGUUACUGGCGAUAUGCAGUGUCGUCGUGAGCGCCAACGUUCCGCCGUGUGCAUUUCGGAGCACUGUUCCUAGUGUUUCUUUGAGGAAUGCAGCAAGGCCUGGCCUCGUGAUGCCUAUCGUUGGGCUUGGAACUGGCCAUUGCAAUCCGGUGGAAGGAGGCGAGUGCAUGAACAAUGAGACCGCCUACAAAGCCACCUUGGAUUUCCUUCGAGCUGGUGGACGGCGCAUCGACACAGCCAUAACGUACCACGACCAAACUGGCAUUGGAAAGGCUAUCAAGGAUAGUGGAGUGGCAAGAGCAGACAUCUUCAUCACUUCAAAAUGCGGACCUGGAUUCCCAUUGGGCUAUCAGGAUAGCCUGGAUCAAAUGCAAACAUCACUGAAGCAGUUGGACACGACGUACGUAGACUUAAUGUUGAUCCACUGGCCAGGACCACCGGGAAAUAGCAGUGAUCCGGACUGCCAGCCACCGAGCAUCAACUACACACUCUGCCGUCUGAACACCUGGAGAGCAAUGGAGAAGAUCUUCACAGACCUGGGCAGUGCGCACGCCAUAGGCGUUUCUAACUAUGAGACGCGUCACCUGGACGAGAUUGUCCUUACCCCCGGGCUUCUGCACCCCGCUGUGAACCAGGUGGAGUUCCAUCCGUACUGGGAGGAGAUGGAUCUAAAGGCGUACUGCGACGAACACAACAUCACCUUCAACGGCUAUUCUCCGCUCGCCGCCAACGACUGGGCGGCCUACUACCACCAGUGGCCGCGCUCACUGCUGAACGAGACCACUCUGACGGAGAUCACCGCUGCACACGGGCGGACGCCGGCGCAGGUAGCACUGCGACACCAAGUGCAGCUCGGCCUGGUUAUCAACCCACGCAGCCAGAACUUUGCCCACAUGAAGGAGAACAAUGAAAUAUUCGACUUUGUCCUGAGCAACGCGGAAAUGGACAAGAUCACCAACAUUCCACCGCCGCCGCAACACCCCAAGGUCUUUGAAGAUCCGCAUCAAAUACCCUGAGUAACACCAUCUCUGAUGCACAGAAUCCAAGCAAUGAAAUACCAUGUGCAUUGGGAACACUAUUUAUUACUCGACGAACACAGAUACUUCUCCAUUCUUGAGUGUUAUGCCAUUCCAAGAACGUACCACAGCACAUUUUGUGAUGGUCUACAUAUUUUACACAUUGUAGAUCAACCCAUAAUCAAGCACAGUAAAAUCUGUAACUAAAGACCACUGUGACUAGCGACCAGCCUGGUACUACAGACCCGGGCCACUUCGCCAGGCACGGACGGUCUCACAUUCA